AUGAUGCCGAGUCGUCGCUCAACCCGCACCUCUGUCAGGAAAAGGCGCCAUCAUGAUUCACCCCCACCCUCGGCCCCCAGCAAUGUGCCAGCAGCCAAUGACGAGAUUUCUCCAGUCAAUGAUGAUACACCGGCCACCCCGGCGGCAACAGUCGAUGGUCAAACUACCGGACAUACCAAUGGCCAAAAGCCUGCUGUCUUCACCGACAUGUCCGCUGCCCAACAGCUGUUGGCAUUCCAGAACGGGGCCGAAGACUCAGACCUUGCUGCCGAGACUGAUAGCGACCAAGCAGCCAGUCGAAAGCGCCGCUGUACUGAUCAGGAAACACCCAACGCCAGCAGUGACGCUUACCAGCCCGUCAACACUGCCGCUCCCGUUGCCUACAAAGAAGACGAAGCCAUCUCGUUCCUUGUUGAUGCCACCAAAUCUAGCUUUGUGCAGAAGCUCCAUCAGUACCAGGAUCUGAUGGUUGCAAUGGCUGGUCACCAGCAGCGCCUUGCCAAGAUUGAUCAGGCUCUGGGGAAAGUUACAAGUCAGCUCGAAGAUGCCACCAAGUUCCUUGCCGAGCGCCGCGAGAUGUUGGUCAACAUUGAAUCAAAGAGGCAAAUGACGCAGGCAGGCCUGGAAGCUGCCGAGUUCAAGGUCUGGCAGGAAAACCACCCCGCCCUGGCCGCUCAGGUAGUGGGACCUAUGAAGCUCACCUUGGCUCAGCUCGCCGAGGAUAGGAAGGAAAUUGAGUACCAAAUCAAAGAUAAGACCAUGGAGAUGGAGCCCCUCCUCGAGGAAAAAGAGGAAGGAGAGCAGGAGAGAAAGGUUGUGAUUGUUGAGGCUGGAUUUCCCCUCGCCUACCAGGACGGCGAUAUUGAGAAUAGCCUAGAUUGGCUGAAAAGAAAGAUUGAGGAUCUGAAAGCAUACCUGUUUAUUCUUGGCCUGGGUCCUUCCCGUGUAGGUGAACAGGUUCGGGAACAUGGCGGGGUUGGUGUUGAUGCGAGCGUCUAUCUAUAA